GCUGUCUGCCCUCCUCAGCCCGUCAGUCGUCUGUCAGCUCACCGGAGAGAAAAUCAAUGAUUUAGCAGAAGUUUGUCUUCAGCUGGAAGCGACGCCAUCAGCCGACCGUCCCUCCAGGAUGAGCGCCGAGCCUCCGCCGUACCGUCCUCACUUCCCUGAGGGCCCCUCGGCCCCCGUCUUCUCUCCAGCUCUCGCCUGUCAGCCUGGCUUCUUCCCCAGCUCUCCGUACCAGACCUUCCCUCAGUCCUAUUACCAUGAACAUCCAGGUUACAUGGCUCCGAUGACCCCACAGAGCACCUUUGGGACCCAGUCGGCCUACCAGGGCAGUCUCGACGGGCCCCCAGGGGCCUCGUACCCACCAAAACACGCAGUUUACGUGGUGGAUCAGCAGCAGGAUCAGGGCGGCGGCAGGAAGUCGUGUCUGGCGGCGUGCUCGACUCUCCUGUGCUGCUGCUGCCUCUGGGACCUGCUGACUCGGCACCUCUGCUGACCUCUGACCUCCUGUCACACAGCAGGCUGUGGACCUGUACAGGUGUACACGCCUCUCCACCUGCGUAACUGGGAUAGGCUCCGCCCCCUGUGACCCUAAUAAAGAUAAGAGGAUGGAUGGAAGUUUGUUCAGUAUU